CAGUCCUCUGGAAUCGGUGUCAACUCCGAGUGCCUCGAAAAGUACCAGGAACUCAAGCUUGGCAAGAAAACCAAGUACAUCAUCUUCGCACUCAGCAAGGAGAAGACGGAAAUUAUCGUGGAGAAGACUUCAGAGUCCACAUCCUACGACGAGUUCGUUAGUGAUCUCCCGGAGGCGGAGUGCAGGUGGGCCAUAUAUGACUUUGAGUUCGAGAAAGAAGGCGCGGGCAAACGAAACAAGAUUUGCUUCUUCUCCUGGUCUCCCGAUGAUGCGAAGAUCAAAGACAAGAUGUUAUUUGCCUCGUCCAAGGAUGCGUUGCGACGUUCUUUUGUCGGUAUUGCGGUAGAGAUCCAAGGAACUGAUUUUAGCGAAGUCGCGUAUGAGAGUGUGAUGGACAAAGCCUCUCGUGGCGCCUAA